AUGGGCCACCUGCUUCUCCUUCUGCUGUCACUGUGGUCCUGCAUCUCCAGCUUGCCCUCCCACAACGGCUUCUACUACAGCGGUCACAAGCCUGGGACCGGCAACAGCCCUGGGGAAGGCCUCUUCCAAGGUGUGAAGUUGGUGGUGGAGACCCAUGAGGGCACCCUCUUCACCCACCCAGGAGCCAGGGUGACCCUGCCCUGCCAUUACCGCUACGAGCCCGUCCUGGCCUCCACCAGGCCCGUGCGUGUCAAAUGGUAGCUGUCAGAGAACGGGGGCCGAGAGCAGGACGUGCUGGCCGCCAUCGGCCACAGGCACUGCUCCUUCGGGGACUACCAAGGCCGCACAGGACUGCGGCAAGACACGGCGGGGGAGGUCUCCCUGGAGCUCAGGGACCUGGGACCCGAGGACUCGGGGUGCUACCGCUGCGAGGUCAUUGACAGAUUGGAGGAUGAGAGUGGCCUGGUGGAGCUGGAGCUUCAAGGCGUUGUUUUUCCCCACCAGUCCCCCAGGGGGCGCUACCGGCUCACCUUCCUCGAGGCCCAGGAGGCCUGCAGGGAUCAGGGGGCUGAGGUGGCUUCUUUCCAGCAGCUCUUCCGGGCCUGGGAGGACGGCCUAGACUGGUGCAGUGCUGGCUGGCUGCGGGACACCUCCGUGCGGUGCCCCAUCGUGCUCCCCCAGAAGCCCUGCGGGGGCCUGGGCCUGGCCCCCGGCGUGCGCAGCUACGGCCCGUGCCACCGGCGCCUGCACCGCUUUGAUGUCUUCUGCUUCGCCCCGGCUCUCAAGGGGCAAGUAUACUACCUGGAGCACCCCGAAAAGCUGACACUGACCGAGGCCAGGGAGGCUUGUCGGGAAGACGGCGCCCACAUCGCCAAGGUGGGCCAGCUCUUUGCUGCCUGGAAGUUCCGGGGCCUGGACCGCUGCGGCGCCGGCUGGCUGGCCGAUGGCAGCGCGCGCUAUCCCGUGGCUCACCCCCGUCCCAACUGCGGGCCCCCUGAGCCCGGGGUCCGGAGCUUCGGCUUCCCGGACCCUCGGAGCCGUUCCUAGGGCGUCUACUGUUACCAUGCUCCCUAG